AUGAUCUCAGCAAUCCUUCUCGUGAUCAUAGCGAUCUUCCUGCCUCCCGUCGCAGUCUACAUCGUCGCAGGCUGUGGAGCGGAUCUCCUCAUCAACAUCUGCCUCACGGUCCUUGGGUACUUCCCUGGCCACAUCCACGCGUUCUACAUCAUGUACGUCUACUACAACCGGAAAAAGCAGGUUGAGCAGGGGUACUUUGACGAUAGACCGGCGCUGGGAGUGUAUAGCCAGAAUGUGCAGACCGGCGGGGGAGGAUAUGGAAGUAUGGGUGCACACUAA